AACAGUUCAUCAUCAUCCCUCUUUUAUCUUCCGUUGAAUCUUCGUCUUCUUCGUUCAGAAAUCGGAGCGAGAAGAACCAUAGAUUUACCUCAAUUUAGGUUUAUCUUCUACUGGGAAUCUCCAAGCUCUUUCACGUAAAUACUAGAAAUCGUCGUUGAGAAUAGACGAAUUGGGGUUUUUUUUUCCUAUAAAGCUUCGAACUUUAGGGCGAUUUCUGGGUUGAAAGAAUCAGAGAAAUUUAGGGGUUUUUUUUUUUAAUUUUCCUGGGGAUAUUUGAUAUGAAGCCACACGAGGAUUGGGUAUCUGAAUCAUGGACUGUGGAUUGUGUUUGUGGUGUGGAUUUUGAUGAUGGUAAAGAGAUGGUUGAUUGUGAUGAAUGUGGUGUUUGGGUUCACACAUGGUGUUCUCGUUAUGUUAAAGGAGACGAUUUGUUUGUUUGUCACAAGUGCAAGAUCAUGAACAACGAUGACACGGAAUUGUCCAAGUUACCACCGGUUACUAAAUCAAUUAGAAUGGGGAAUAAUGUAUCAUCUACUCAGACUCAGAGUGAGACUGUUCCAAUAUUGAAGCCUUGUUCAGAGAUACCAAUUGAAGAAAGGGUUCAUGUACAAGGAGUCCCUGGUGGUGAUUUGGCUCUGUUUGAAUGUGUUUCGUCUGUUUUUAGUCGUCAGCUUUGGAGUUGUUCUGGUUAUGUGCCUAAGAAGUUUAGUUUUCAGUAUAGGGAGUUUCCUUGUUGGGAUGAGAAGGAGGAUGGUAAGGGAAAGGAUGCUAGGAAUUGGGGUUGUAGAGACAUUGAGAUUAAACAUUCUCAUCAGAGUGAUGUUGACAAAGAGAAGAGCUUGCUUCUUCGUUUGAGUACAAAUAAGCGGAGAAAAGAUUUGCCCGGAGCCUUUGAAGACCAAGCAAAUAAGAAGGCUAAAGAGGAAGAUGGUGAUAAGAAAACAGUUGUUUUGUGAGCAGAACUUAUCACUGUUCUUCCUUUACAAAAGCUAUCCGAAGGCUUUUUGAUUUGGAUGUGUCUCACAGCCAACAUUUCUUUUUUUUUUUUUUUUAUAGAAGCUUAAGUUUAUUUUUUGAAUUACUAGUAUUUCGACCCGCUAUCAGAAGCUCACGCGGAAAAAGAUCCACAGGGGAAAGUGUUUUUAGAGAACCCAUUGAUAGAGUGUACUUGCUAUGAAGAUUGGUUGGUGGUGAUGCAGCCGGUAAUGUUGCUGUUGAAUGCUUCAGGGAAGAAAGAAUUAUGAGGUUCAUACACGUAAUGUGGGAUAAGGAGCAGAUAUAAGCAACUAGUGAUCCAUCUGCUUUAAUUUUGGAUAAUUAUCAUGUUGUCAAUGUUUAGGUUUCUUCUAACUUUUUCACUGGUAUUCUUAACCAUACUAACAGUUGUAGGAUACUCAACAUCCAAAUAUAUGCUAUAAAAAAAAAGUGAAUGUUCUAUC